CGCUGAUGUGGUUGGAGGUGACAUUAAAAAUACAAUGUUGAAGGUUGGAAAAAAGAACAAGGAUCUCUUCAUAUUUCAUCAUCACAAUGACAAUACAAUCACAAUCGAGUCACUCACAUAUCGUGGCUAUAGAAUUUCUCAUCAUCAAAAUAAAAACCCAUUCUUGAGUAACAAGAUCAAAGCACCUUUCAGAAACAGAUUUGAAAGAAUUGAAGAUAAGGAUGAGUUAUGUCAUGCAUAUGUACUCAACGAUGAAGGAGAAAAAUACGCACUUGGACUUCCGAGAAAUGCUGGUGAUGAUAUAGUUUUUAUUGAUGUAUAUGACACAGGAACAUCUGAUGCUCUAUACUGCUUCAAUGAAAUAGAAGUGAGAGCUCUGGAGUUCUGUCCUGAAGAUAUGUUUCCAUGUGAAAUGAAUGAAGGAAACCAUGUAUGUAACCGUGUCAAGAUCAUUACACCAGAUAAUCCAUCUUUAAAUGAAAAAGAAUUUAGACGCACAUCAACCAUGAGUCACAACCGUCCAGUGUUUGAAGAAACUGGACAAAGUACCACGCCAUAUAUUCUAAAGU